AGCUCUCGCCCGCUCCCCCGGGAGGCGCGUCCCUGUUUUAUUGCAGCCGGGAAAAAAAAGGUGCUCGCUUUGCCGAGGCUCCUUCCUCCCGGCGGGGAACCGCAGGCUCCAUUCAAGGGCGCUCCUUCCCUUCCCUUCCCGGCGGCUCUCGGUCGUGGGUGUCCGCGGGGCUCGCAGGAGCUAGCAUGUCUUACCAGGGCAAAAAGAGCAUCCCCCACAUCACGAGUGAUCGACUACUUAUUAAAGGUGGAAGAAUUAUCAAUGAUGACCACUCCUUCUAUGCAGACAUAUACCUGGAAGAUGGACUUAUAAAACAAAUAGGAGAGAAUUUGAUUGUUCCUGGUGGUGUAAAGACCAUCGAGGCUAAUGGGCGUAUGGUUAUUCCUGGAGGCAUUGAUGUCAACACUUACCUACAAAAGCCCUACCAAGGAAUGACUGCUGUUGAUGAUUUCUAUCAGGGCACCAAAGCAGCUCUAGCAGGAGGCACCACCAUGAUCAUUGACCAUGUCCUCCCUGAUCUUGGAUCAAGUUUGUUGACCUCAUUUGAAAAGUGGCAUGAAGCAGCGGACACCAAAUCCUGUUGCGAUUAUUCUCUGCAUGUAGACAUCACUAGCUGGUAUGAUGGGAUCCGAGAAGAGCUGGAAAUACUGGUGCAAGAUAAAGGUGUUAAUUCUUUCCAAGUCUACAUGGCCUAUAAAGAUCUUUACCAAAUGUCCGACAGCCAGCUUUAUGAAGCUUUUACCUUUCUGAAAAGUCUUGGUGCUGUAAUGAUGGUACAUGCUGAAAACGGAGAUUUGAUAGCUCAGGAACAAAAACGGAUCCUAGAAAUGGGAAUAACAGGGCCUGAGGGACAUGCCCUGAGCAGACCUGAGGAGCUUGAAGCAGAAGCUGUUUUCCGUGCCAUCACCAUUGCCAGCCGAAUCAACUGCCCAGUGUAUAUCACCAAAGUGAUGAGUAAGAGUGCGGCCGAUAUCAUCGCCCUGGCUAGAAAGAAAGGUCCUCUCGUCUUUGGAGAGCCAAUCACUGCCAGCCUGGGGACAGAUGGGACACAUUACUGGAGCAAAAACUGGGCCAAAGCUGCAGCCUUUGUGACUUCACCACCUCUGAGCCCUGAUCCCACCACACCAGAUCACUUGAACUCGCUCCUAGCAUGUGGGGACCUGCAAGUGACAGGAAGUGGACAUUGUCCGUACAGCACUGCCCAGAAAGCCAUUGGAAAGGAGAACUUCACUAUGAUUCCUGAAGGAGUUAAUGGAAUUGAGGAAAGAAUGACUGUUGUCUGGGACAAGGCUGUAGCCACAGGUAAAAUGGAUGAGAAUCAGUUUGUUGCUGUUACUAGCACCAAUGCUGCCAAAAUUUUUAAUCUAUAUCCAAGAAAGGGACGGAUUGCUGUGGGCUCAGAUGCUGAUGUUGUUAUCUGGGAUCCUGAUAAGGUGAAGACUAUUACAGCCAAGAGCCAUAAAUCGGCUGUUGAAUACAACAUCUUUGAAGGAAUGGAAUGCCAUGGUGCCCCACUAGUGGUCAUAAGCCAAGGGAAGAUUGUGUUUGAAGAUGGAAAUCUGCAUGUAAAUAAGGGAAUGGGUCGCUUCAUUCCUCGCAAAUCUUUCCCUGAAUACCUUUACCAGCGUGUCAAAAUCAGGAACAAGGUGGGAGGAUUGCAAGGGGUCUCCAGAGGAAUGUAUGAUGGGCCAGUGUAUGAAAUUCCAGCUACGCCAAAAUAUGCAACUCCUGCACCUUCAGCAAAAUCCUCCCCUGCCAAAAACCAGCCUCCGCCAAUCAGAAAUCUUCACCAGUCUAAUUUCAGUUUAUCAGGAGCUCAAAUAGACGAUAACAACCCACGUCGUACUGGACACCGUAUUGUGGCACCCCCUGGUGGUCGUUCUAAUAUUACCAGUCUUGGUUGAAUGAAGAUGAUGGACAGAAAUGCAAGAAUGAAGGAUCAUGGGGAAAAAUGUCCAUUCCAUUUAAUGUCUGUGUUAUCAAACCCACAAUUUUAUUUGGUACUAAUGGAAAAAAUGAAUUGUCUUUCUUUUUUGUAUAGGAAGAGGUGAUAAUAGUGUGGUGUGUUUGUUUGGAACUACUUGCCUCACAAUUGUGCUUUCAUGCCAUAGUCACCUUAAAGCAUGGUGCUUCCAUUGCCCCUUUAGUGACUACAGGUUUUAGCUUUGUCUUGUAACUAAAUGAUGGUUCCUUUGCACCCAUUAGCUGUACUAGAGUAGUUAAUGCAUGUUACUAAGUUAUUUAUGCAAGUUGCAAUCUGUGAGUGAGUCCCUUUAGAACAGAACACGUUGCCAAUAAUUGACUAGACACAAUGCCAAGACUAGUGUCCAUAUUUGAUAAAUCUCACUAAAACACUUGAGGAGGAAGAAUAUGGCCAUUUUUAAAGUAUGCAGUAGAAUAGUAUAGGCAGCUUCUGUUUAUCUUUAAUUUAUUAUAAACCCAAGAAGCACUUCUCUCAGAUGCAAAGAAACAACUUCACUAUGUCUAAUGAUGAAAUGGUCUCUGUAGCAGCUCUCAUUUUCCACCACUUACAUUCCAAGUCUGUGUCUUUGUACUCUUCAUUUUAGACAGAGCCAUAAUUUAUAUACAACAAUGCCAUUGCCAUCCCAUUCAGGGAUUUCUUCAGCUGGGCAGUAGUGCUCUUCUUUUGCAUGAGUUUUUUGGUACUUACAAAUAAUCCAAGUUGCUGUCAGAUUUUUAAAGUUUUUUGUACAAAGUUUUUUCUUUGUAAUCACAUGCAUUUUUACUUAUUAU